CACCACCACCAUUCGCCAUUGUAUUCCUUUUCACCCCUCAAUCUAAUUCGAGCUAAUUUUGCUCGAUUAUCAUUGCAAAUUUGCGCGUAUACAGAUUAUUUGAAAGAAGAAGAAGAUAGCAAUGGAAUCAGAUGAUGAGAUGGCAACGGCGAUGAUGGAAGAUUCGUGCGACGACGAGGAUUUCUACGACGGCGACGGCGACGGCGACGAAGAUACCGACCCGGACAGCGUCGUUGUUAGUUACGACGGCUUGAUGGACCACGACUCCGACGAUUUCGAUGAUCUCUCCUCCUCUCACCCUAUAUACUAUCAUAGGUCACAGAAUUUCAUCAUUUUAAAUGAAGAUGAUAUACGGCAACGGCAAGAAGAAAGUAUCACUCAGAUAUCUACUGUCCUCUCAAUUUCAAGGGUUUCCGCUAGCAUUUUGCUCCGCCAUUAUAACUGGAGUGUUAGUAAAGUGAAUGAUGAAUGGUUUGCAGAUGAAGAAAAGGUCCGCAAAACUGUUGGUUUGUUGGAGAGUGAUACUCCCCUUCCUGGUGAUCAAGAGCUAACUUGUGGGAUCUGCUUUGAAAAUUACCCACGUGAUAGAAUGAGAGCUGUUGCCUGUGGCCAUCCCUUUUGCUUUGGAUGUUGGCAAGGCUAUAUUAGAACAUCCAUUAAUGAUGGACCUGGAUGUUUGAAUUUGCGGUGUCCUGAUCCAUCUUGUGGUGCAGCUGUUGGCCAUGAUAUGGUGAAUGAGUUGGCUUCGAAAGAUGACGAACAGAAGUAUAAUCGCUACUUUUUGAGAUCAUUUAUUGAAGAUAGUAGGAAGACAAAGUGGUGCCCAGCACCAGGCUGUGAUUAUGCUGUGGAUUUUACUGUUGGUGGUGGAAACUUUGAUGUCACUUGCCAUUGCGCGCACAGUUUUUGCUGGAACUGUGUUGAGGAAGCCCAUCGUCCAGUUGAUUGUGGAACUGUGUCCAAGUGGAUAAUGAAGAAUAGUGCCGAGUCUGAGAAUAUGAAUUGGAUAUUGGCUAAUUCUAAACCUUGUCCCAAGUGCAAGCGGCCAAUUGAGAAGAAUCAAGGCUGCAUGCACAUUACAUGCACGCCACCAUGUAAAUUUGAGUUUUGUUGGUUAUGCCUUGGUGCAUGGUCAGAACACGGUGAAAGGACUGGUGGCUUCUAUGCAUGCAAUCGUUAUGAAGUAGCCAAGCAAGAAGGAGUGUACGAUGAAGCUGAAAAACGAAGAGAGAUGGCUAAAAAUUCUUUAGAAAGAUAUACACAUUAUUAUGAAAGAUGGGCUACCAACCAAUCGUCUAGGCAACGUGCAAUUGAGAAUCUACAUCAGAUGCAAACAGUACAUUUAGAGAAGCUAAGUGAUAAGCAGCGCCAGCCUGAGUCCCAACUUAAGUUCAUUAUAGAGGCUUGGCAACAGAUUGUUGAAUGUAGACGAGUCCUAAAAUGGACCUAUGCGUAUGGAUUUUAUUUAAAUGAGCAGGAACAUGCUAGGAAGCAGUUCUUUGAGUAUCUACAAGGCGAGGCGGAGUCUGGUUUGGAACGGCUUCACCAGUGUGCAGAGAAGGAGUUUCAGGGAUACCUCAACUCCGAAGGUCCUUCACAAGAGUUCAAUGAAUUUAGAACAAAGUUGGCUGGGUUGACCAGUGUAACCAAGAAUUACUUUGAGAACCUCGUCCGAGCUUUGGAAAACGGUCUAUCCGAUGUGGACUCUCAUGCUGUAAGCAGCUGGGCAGGCAGCUCGCAGACUGAGGGAGGAGGCAGUGGCAAAGGAAGAUCCGGCAAGGGCAAGGGAAGUACAUCCAAAUCAAGUAGUUCUAGGAAUAUGGAUGAUUCUGGCCAUUGGUCAUGUGAACAUUGCACCUACGCCAAUGUAAGGUCAUCAACUGUCUGCGAGAUGUGCCAUCGCCACCGAUGAAGUGACGAGUCACAGACGCGCUGCUGCUUGGAUGUGGGAAAUCAAGAUGGGGGCUGUGUUGGAGGACCAAACUCUCCCCAUAGUUCUUGUGCUCUGCCGUAGACAAAACAUGGGAGAAGAGAGACAUGGUGACUGCAAGAAAUGAAAUCAUCUGUUUUUAGAAACUGAGUUGUAUAAAGUCUCUGCUGCCCUCGGCUACACAUGAAUAUGCAUCUGUAUCAAACUAUCUCAAUAGUCUCGUGUUGUAUAUAAAAUUGGCAUUCAUCAUUA